CUAAACACCACCACCCAAACCAAAACAAAAAACCACCCAAAAAACGAAAAAAUGAUGCUCGGAGAACCGCAUCGUCCCAAUCCAACGGUCCACGUCCCUCCGUGGCUUCAACUCGACGAUCCCACGGCGGAGGUGUACUCUCCGUUCCCCCUGAGCGGUGUGUCCGUUAACUCUGAGGGCAAUGCAAACGGCGCCGACUACAACAGCCCUUACUAUCUGCACGAAGCCCUGACGACGUUCCAGCGCUACUUGCCCUCCAACGAAACCGACCCGGACUCCGACUCGGACAUUUCGGUUCGCGAAUCGGACUCUCCCGUCGACGCAUACUCCUGCGACCAUUUCAGGAUGUUCGAGUUCAAGGUAAGGCGCUGCGCACGCGGGAGGUCACAUGACUGGACCGAGUGUCCUUACGCCCACCCGGGAGAGAAGGCCCGGCGCCGCGACCCGAGAAAGUACCACUAUUCGGGUACGGCUUGCCCCGAUUUCCGAAAGGGUCAUUGCAAGAAAGGCGAUGCGUGCGAGUUCGCGCACGGCGUUUUCGAGUGCUGGCUCCACCCGGCGCGCUAUCGUACGCAGCCGUGUAAGGACGGCACGAGCUGUAAGCGAAGGGUUUGUUUCUUCGCGCACACGCCAGAGCAGCUAAGGGUUUUGCCUCAGCAGAGCCCUAGGGGCUCCAACUCGCUCAGCACGGCCGAGUCGUACGACGGGUCGCCUCUUAGGCAGGCGAUAGAGGCUGCUGCCUCAUGCGGGAAGACGCUGCCUUUUCUGUCAUCCACGCCAGAGGAGUCGCCGGAAAUAUCCCCGCCAGUGUCUCCGAUGACCCGGUCGCUGAGUCGGUCUCUGGGUUCGAACUCCGUCAACGAAGUGGUUGCUUCACUGAGGAACUUGCAGCUUGGAAAGGUCAAGUCUUUGCCUUCUUCUUGGAAUGUUCAGGUGGGUUCUUCCGGGUUUGGGUCUCCGGGCUCUCCCGGGUUCGUGUCUCCACGCGGGUCAAUUCUUCGACCCGGUUUCUGUAGCCUUCCCUCGACUCCGACCCGUGUACCGGGCCGUUCUGGAAUUGGGUAUUUGGAUUUCUGCGAGGAGGGUUGUGAGGAAGAGCCUGCCAUGGAGAGGGUGGAGUCUGGAAGGGGAUUGAGGGCGAAGAUGUUUGAGAGACUGAGGGAGGAGAAUUCUCUGGGUCGGGUCGAAUCAGGCCCGAGCGGUGGUGCUCCUGAUGUUGGGUGGGUUUCGGAGCUGGUGAAGUGAGUGGGGCCAAGUGGGCACAUACGGGUUCUUAAAUGGUUCUCUUAUGAUUUGUUGCUGAGAUGAGUUGUCUAUGAUUCUAUUUUGGGUUCAAUUUGGUGGCCUCUAAUUACCAUAUUUUGCGCUCUCUCAUUGUGAAUAGUGUCUCUGAAGCAGAGAGAGGGGGAGAGGGUUGGUAUAUCUAUCUGGGAAUUUGAUUUUGGAAGCAAAGUCAAGCUGAAGAUUUGAAGAUUAUGUGUAAAUGUUUUUCCAACCAAGAUGGUUGGCGUGGGCGAGGAGUAGAAUCUCUUUUUUGGGGAUUGUUCUGAUAAGAAGUAGAUAAUCCUAGAUUGGUAAGAAAGGAAUUGCCUUUUGUAUAGUUGAAGCAGACAGUGGAUCAUUCCCUCUUUUCUUUUUCUGUUCAUUAUGGUGUUUGUUAUCACUAUCCCACUUACUGAUCUCUAUCAUUGUAAAAAGCCUUUGCUUCUAUGCCAAACUGUUUAUGUAUGUAAAAAUUGUAACUUUAUCCAGUUUCCUCUGUUUCUUAAUUCC